UUUCCAGCCCUGUGCUCACUCUUCACAUCAUCAACAUGGUGCAUGUCUGAAGAUCAAAAAACAGCCAGAGAGCUUUUGAAGGCAUCUGAAAAUUACUUCGGCAUUGGUUAUAACAUGUCUACUCCAAAUACUAAAAAUGUGGAUGAAAUCUGGAAGAAAUUCAUAAUGCUCAUAUCUUUGGAAAUCAAUAAGCCAUUUCCAUUCCUCCACAUCUUAAAAGAGGCAAAAAUAAUCUCUCAAGAAGCGUUUGAGAACUAUAAAAGGGAAGCAGCUUCAAAUCCACAAAAUAUUGAUGAAACAAUAUACAAUAUGCUGGAAAACCUCGAGUUCAGUGAAUUAACAUACGGGAAGGUCUUCUGCAAGGAGAACUUGGAUGUGUAUCAAGGCUUACAGCCAAUAUACACAAAUUUAAAGAAUGAGUUCCAGCAUGCUGAAAAUAGGUCUGCUUCAGAACAGAAUACCAAUCCUGUAUCCUCUACUGGAAAUGAGUUACUCCAGCAUGCUGAAAAUAAGUCUGCUUCAGAACAGAGGAGCAGUUCCAAAAUCUCUACCGGAAAUGAGCAGGGCCAGUCUUUCAACCCGUCAGGGUUUGGCGGCAGAGGGCAGCCCGUGGAUGAGAGCGAGGAUGCUGUUGCUGGGCCUUUUGGCCAAGAGAAGCCUGCAGGUUCAGAUGUGACAACAGUGGCAACUGGGGCACCUGGUCCAGCUGGAAAAAGGGUACAGAAGCAGAAACACCAAAAUUCCAAUAUCCUAGAACGUAUGUAUAAGAUGGGAAAACUGGAUGUACGCUGCGGAAAAGCGAAAGGAUUUUUGUUUAAAAACAAAUUUGCAGAAGGCGUCUCAAGCAAAUGUAUCAAGGAUGAUCGUGGAAAUUGGUUCACUGUAGGAGAGUUUGAAAAACAGGGAGGUCGUGGAAAUCAGAAAAACUGGAAAAAAAGCAUCCAUUGUAAUAGAUUUCAGUUAAAAGCAUUAAUAGAGAAUGGAUGUCUCCGAAACCCAUCACGAACAUCUCCCAAGAAAAAGAAGUGGGACAUCAAACCUGUGAGCUGUAAAGGAAAAGAAAUGACAGCUGCUGAACCUUUUGGCACUGAUUGUCAAGAAGAGGUAAUUCCUUGGCUAAAAACAUUGGCUGCUUGGUUGGAAGAACAGCUGAAACAUCAGUCUGAAGAACUACAAAAACUUUUUGAUAGCAGUAAGAUGAUCAGCUAUUCAAUACAACAGCUUCGGGGGACAAUUCAGUCUAUCGAUGCAUGAGUUUCCAUCUGAUUUUCAGCUGCAAAUUGAACGUGUUUAUCAGAUCCCUUAUGUACCUAGCAAAACAAAUAAGCCAGCUCCUGUCAUUGUGCAGUUCUUGAGAGCCUGAGAUCACCAUUUCCACCUUGCAAGAUGUAAGAAGGAUCUUUGUUGGGGUCCUAACAAAAUUCAAAUCAUGCUCUAUUCAGAUAACACCAAAGAAGUAUCAAUGCAAUGGCAGCAGUUUACAAAAGCAUGAAGUCUUGCUAAAGAUAUGAACCUGCAAUUUUACAAUAAAUACCCUGCCAUUUUAUGCAUGCACUAUCAAUGCCAGAUCAAAAAGUUUCAGAUCCCAACAGCUGCAGAAUAAUUUCUCACUGGUCUGCAAGAUCUACGCUCUGUUGCUCCAAACCCUUAAGACUGUAUUGCAGAGAAAUAAAUAGCCUAUUGCAGUCUUUUGAAGAAAACUGAUAGUUACUAUCAUUUAAAGAAUAUUAGACUAUCUACUUCUAAUAAUCAGCUCGGCUGACAGUUGAGCUAAGAAAAUUUCCCCCCUUGCUUCUCAGUGUCUCCAGUAUUAUGUUUUAACUAUUAGCCACGAGGUGUAGAUGAAACACUAUGUCUGGGGCAGUGAUGUUCUGUAUUCUUGGUGCUUG